AUGGAGGAUUGCCUGGAGGGACUCCGUGACAACAUCUGUAUUCCUUACCUGGAUGACACCUUAGUCUACAGCAAAACAUUCAAAGAACACGUGGAGGCGGUGAGAAAAGUGCUCCAGAGACUAAGGGACUUUGGUAUCAAACUUAAACCAAACCCAGAACAAGACAAUCCUGUAAAACAGAAAAAGGGGGACAAAACGGCUAGAGACAUUGAGGACUCUGAUGAUGACAGCAGUGAGGAGUGCAGCUUUUACUAUGUGCCACCUUUGCCUACCAUGCUCCAGCCAUCAGAUCCUGCUGAAACAAGAGGCCCUGCUGUAGUGAGAGGUCAGUCUCCAGCACCAGCUCCUGUUAUACCACCAGAGGUCACUGGUGGAGAUCCCCUGGACGUGCCGGAGCUGCUUGCUAAGGAGCCAGCUCGUGAGGAGGCUGAUCCGACUGCGGUUAAUCCACUGGCCCCCCCACCGCCUGCUGUGCUUGAGGGACCCGAUGAGCUGAUACCCCAGCGCCCUCAACGAGAGAGACACCCGCCGAGCCGAAUGACCUACGACCAUCUGGGAACACCAUCCUGCUACACCAUCCAGCCUGCGCCACAAUUGAUUCCUGUGUAUCCAGGUCUGAUCCCGUGGUUUUCAGCUCUACAGCCAUACUACCCACAACCAUUCGGUAUGUAUGGACUACAACAAGUGUAA